GAGUUGGGCCGGGAUGGAGGCCCGCAGCGGAGCAGCGAGGGGGCGUAGCCGGAGCUACGCCACCAAGGCUCCGCCCCCGCCCUGCCCGCCCCCUCGCUGGAGGAACGCAAGCAGGAGGCGGGGGAGUCGGAGGAGGUGGCGGCGCUGGAGCUCCUCCUGGGGAACAGCGACCCGGGGAGCGAGCACGUCGCUCCGCACCGCUCUUCCUCCAGCCGCUGAGCCGUCCCUUCUCGCCAUGUCCCAGAGCAGGCACCGCGCCGAGGCCCCGCCGCUGGAGCGCGAGGACAGUGGGACCUUCAGUUUGGGGAAGAUGAUAACAGCUAAGCCAGGGAAAACACCGAUUCAGGUAUUACACGAAUACGGCAUGAAGACCAAGAACAUCCCAGUUUAUGAAUGUGAAAGAUCUGAUGUGCAAAUACACGUGCCCACUUUCACCUUCAGAGUAACCGUUGGUGACAUAACCUGCACAGGUGAAGGUACAAGUAAGAAGCUGGCGAAACAUAGAGCUGCAGAGGCUGCCAUAAACAUUUUGAAAGCCAAUGCAAGUAUUUGCUUUGCAGUUCCUGACCCCUUAAUGCCUGACCCUUCCAAGCAACCAAAGAACCAGCUUAAUCCUAUUGGUUCAUUACAGGAAUUGGCUAUUCAUCAUGGCUGGAGACUUCCUGAAUAUACCCUUUCCCAGGAGGGAGGACCUGCUCAUAAGAGAGAAUAUACCACAAUUUGCAGGCUAGAGUCAUUUAUGGAAACUGGAAAGGGGGCAUCAAAAAAGCAAGCCAAAAGGAAUGCUGCUGAGAAAUUUCUUGCCAAAUUUAGUAAUAUUUCUCCAGAGAACCACAUUUCUUUAACAAAUGUAGUAGGACAUUCUUUAGGAUGUACUUGGCAUUCCUUGAGGAAUUCUCCUGGUGAAAAGAUCAACUUACUGAAAAGAAGCCUCCUUAGUAUUCCAAAUACAGAUUACAUCCAGCUGCUUAGUGAAAUUGCCAAGGAACAAGGUUUUAAUAUAACAUAUUUGGAUAUAGAUGAACUGAGCGCCAAUGGACAGUAUCAAUGUCUUGCUGAACUGUCCACCAGCCCCAUCACGGUCUGUCAUGGCUCCGGUAUCUCCUGUGGCAAUGCACAAAGUGAUGCAGCUCACAAUGCUUUGCAGUAUUUAAAGAUAAUAGCAGAAAGAAAGUAAAUUUGGAGCAACUUAAAAAAUCUUUCAGUAGCACAUAAAAAGUUCCCCUCUGGCCCCUUCCCAAGUAAAACUUUUACCGUAGCGUUUAUGUCUUGUUUCUAAAUCUCUUCAUAGAUUCCAUCAACACUCCAGAUUUAAUUCUCUUCAUAGUUGUUAUCAAGCUCUUUUUAAUGGCUUCAACUUUGUAUCAGUAUAUUGUAUUUAUAAACUUUGUACCACAGGAGAGUGUAGCACCCAUUUUACAGUGCCAUGCACAUCAGAGAAAGAAACUGCAUGUUUGUUGUUGAUGAAAUAAAAAUGCUAGCAACAGUCUUUCUUACUGGUGCUUAAGCUCUUCUUUGCACAAAGCUUUAUAAAGGGAAUUCAAAGGAAGCCCUUUAGAAUUAGAGUCUUGAGGGACAGCAGUAACAGGCCUUUAUUAAGUAUGAUUGUUAAAUUUCAGGGAACAUGAUUGGUCUGCUGUGUAUUUGAAUUCAUGUAACAAAGAACUGUUGUUGUGAUGGGAUUCUGCUCAUUUUAUUAAAAAGCUACUGACUUGA